ACUAACAAAAACUUUAUUCAUAGACGUUUUUUCUAUAAUAAAUUCGACGAGGAAAAAAAGUUCUAACAAUAAAAGUUAUUUAAAUUUGAAAUAAGUUGCGCAAAAAAGUGUUGAGUAAAAAACGGAACGCGUAAGUAAAGUAUUUUUUAACUUUGCUUUUGAUUGAUAAAUAAAAUAGGAAGAUUGAAAAUCAGCAAAGAUUUAGAAACUCUAAGCUAAAGAAAAAAAUAAUUUUUCCCCGAUAAAAUGAACUUUAUUUGGUUCUGUUUGAUUCAACUUUGUUCAAUACAAUCAAGUAAAGCUGCACCUUUUCUACAAGGUAAUGACGUCUGCAAAAAUGGUAAAUUUUAUCCAGAUGCUGUAAAUUGCAGAAAUUAUUUUGUAUGCUCGAACGGUCAAUUGUAUUCACUUUCAUGUCCUUAUCCUUUGGUUUGGGACAAUAGUUUGCUCACAUGUAUUAGCAGUACAUGUAAAGACUCGACUGUUACAAGUGCUAUCAAACCUAGUGCUACAUCAUUUCCAAUAACUACAUUGAUUACAGUAUCUUCUACAUUACCUGCAACAAUAAACAUUUUAAAAGUUAACGAUGUAUUAUCAAGUCCUUGUGCAAAUGGAAAAUUUUAUCCAAAUCCUACCAAUUGUCAACAAUUUUUCAUAUGCGCCAAUGGCGUUAAAGUGUUACGCUCCUGUCCUCCACCUUUAGUAUGGGAUAAUAACUUGCUGUCAUGUUUUUGGACUUCAAGUUCGUGUCAAGCUUCUGUAGAUUUACCCACUCUUUUACCAACACCAGCUAAUCAAGCUACUACUGUUGCUAUUCAAGAUACAACAUCAAAACAGUCUCAAAUUACUACUAAACUGCCAAUUUCAGAAGCUAUUAGUUCUACAAACUUUCAAACACUUAAAACUAACGUAACUAGUCAAAAAAAUUAUGUAAAAGCGGAAGUCAAUUGUAAUCAAAACAAAUGUCUACUUCCAAAUUGCCGGUGUGCAAGCGAAGAAAUUCCUGGAAAUCUUUCCAAAGAAGAAGUUCCGCAAAUUGUUAUGUUCACAAUGGAUGACGCUGUCAACUCAUUAAACUACAACUUUUAUAUGCAGUUACUUGAUGAAAUGAAAAAUCCUAAUGGUUGUCCAGUCGGAGCAACAUUUUAUGUUUCUGCAGAAUAUACUGAUUUUAAUCUCGUUAAAGAGCUGUUUCAAAAAGGUCAUGAAAUAGCAGACCAUUCAAUUACACACCGAAGUCCGAAUGUUUGGUGGAGAGAUAGCGCGUAUGAUGAACUUGAAGCGGAAGUUCUUGGUGAAAAGAAAAUGCUUGAAGAAAAAACCGGAGCAAAAAUCAGUGGUUGGAGAACCCCUUUUUUAAGGCCUGGUGAAACAAUGUACAGGGUAUUGGCAGACAACAAUUUUUUAUAUGAUACUUCCUUAUCUACUCAUGCUGCUACAAAAUGGUGGCCUUAUACGCUAGACUACCAGGUUCCUCAAUGUGUUGAUGAGCCGUGCCCAGAACUGUCUUACCCAGGGUUGUGGGAAGUACCUUUGACCUCAUUACUUGAUGGCGAAAAUGGUCCAGAAUGUUCAAUGUUCGAUAGUUGCGUUCGUAGCAUAAGCGAUUCUGAAAGUGUAUACAAACUCCUAAUGUUUAAUUUUAACCAACAUUACAAAGAUAAAAAGCAACCAUUUGCAUUGUUUGGCCAUGCGUCAUAUUUUUUACAUGAAAGUUUUGUUUACAGACAAAUAGGUUUUAAAAAAUUUUUUUCCGAAAUAUCUCGAUUACCCGACGUUUAUUUUGUGACGGUAGAACAAGCUGUUCGUUGGACGCAGACUCCAACACCAUUAAACCAGUUGAACUCGUUUGAACCUUGGUCGUGCAAAAGAAAAUAGUUUGUUACUAGUUAUGUGUACCUACAAAGAAAACAAAAAACGAUAAUAUAUUUUUGGAGUUUGUUUUUUUUCAGAAAAAAAAAUUUUGCUUUAGAAUUUAAAAAGAUGUUUACUUUGAAAUGAUUUAAUUUGGUUUAAAUACCAUUAUAUAGUU